AUGCCACCAAGAACACGUAACCCCUCUUUGGCAAAUGGAUCACCUCUCAGUCCGCCUGGAGAAGGUCCAAAGCCUGGUCAAACAUCUCCUCUCGCAUCGGCCCAACGUUUCCAACGUCCACCUCCAGAAGACCCAGUGGCUGCCAAGGUUCAAUCUCUUUCGGCAGAGGCGCGGAUCUUCCUUACCUAUGACUUUGAAUCUCGUUACGUCGACCCUCAACUUAAACUUCCUGCAAAUGAUUGCUUCACAAAAAGACCUCGCACUGUCCCUAUCAACAGACUCAAGAGCGAAAGUAUGGAGGACCUUCUUCUUGCUUUGCGAUACCUUGCGCCGCGAGUGUUUGUACGUUCCUUGGCCAUGAACAAGAGCUGCCUUAUGGACCUCUAUAUCAAGUUUGUCCACAACAAGACUCCCGAUAGUCCCCUUAUCCUUGGGUACCAUUACACCCUUUUGGAUUUAUCACCAUCGGAUCUUGUAGGAGAGUCUAUGGAAGAAGACUCUGUCGGAGAAGCAAAGUGUCUCAUAUACGUUAAAACCCCCAAAAAAUCGUGUCUCCGUUGUAUCAUCAUCCGUGAAAUCGAUCUUUUCUUGAUUGCUGUUCACCAAUGCCUCCGCGACAACAUCAAACCAAACAAGCCCAUUGAGUUAUUACCAAAAUCCCCGCGUACACCAGGUCACUCAAACGAAUCAUUGAUCAAUUUGGCUCUGGACAACCUGCUUUCACCCUUGAGACAAUUGCGUAUCACCUCAUCACCUUCUACUCCGCGCAAUGAUCAACAUCUAGACGAUGAACUUACUCACGGAAGAUCAUCAAUACAUCAUUCAAGUCGCCCAGAUGACGAAAUUUCAAAUCAAGUGGCCGAGAUAGAGUCACCAAACCUCCCUGCAACCGAUUCUCUUCCCAAAUCACAGUCCAAGUCCACCAAAAAAUGCUCUGAGGCAGCCUUGGCAAAAUCUUCAGGUCAAUCGGUGUUUGAUUGUGAUCGUUUUCAUGGAUCCGACUUGAAAUCAGCAAAUCCACUCAUUCUUCAUACGGCUCUCACUGCUUCCAUUCUUGACAUAUUUGGACAAUCCUCAAAUUCAAUCACCAAAUGGAUCCUUGAUAUCCAGACCAUCACGAUCAAGCUGUCUACAACACAUGGAAUCUUACCUACAAAGUCACCGAUCCGUCAGAUUCUUCCUGAAGAAGCUGCCACUCUUAAGAAAAUUCCUAGCUCAGCUACAACAACCUUCCGAUGGUUAAAACUUGAUCCAGUCCUAAAAUAUCUGAACUGCUGCUCCUCGUGCUUUGCGAUGUAUCCCGAGAACAGCGCACCAUCUCGAUGUCAUCAUCGUAUUGCAAAUAUCCCGGGUGGACCUUCUGAUUCCGUCGAUCCAAACAAAAAUACCUGUUCUCCUCCAUCAGAAGACAAUGAGCCAGAAUUCUCAGAUUCAAUAUGUGGAGAGCCUCUAUUCAAAUAUUACUGUCGAGCUUCUGAAGCUCGUUGCGGAGCAUUCAGAACCUUUACCCGAUUGGCCCAAUCCACCCGCACUCGAUUCUGA